AUGGCCGCGGAGCGCGCUCUGCAAGCCGCCCGCCUCGGCGACCUGGAGGCGCUGCGGGCGCUGCUGCCACCCCAGGCCGAGCGGGCGCCCCCGCUGCCACCCCCGGCCGCGCUCCGGGACCCGCUGGGCGCCUCGCCGGUGCACCACGCCGCCCGCGCUGGGAAGCUGCGCUGCCUGCGCUACCUGGUGGAGGAAGCCGCGCUGGAGGGUCGCGGGCGGGCGCGGAACGGGGCCACGCCGGCCCACGACGCCGCCGCCGCCGGCCAGCUGGCCUGCCUCCAGUGGCUGCUCGGCCCGGGCGGGGGCCUCGUCCAGGACACCGAUAAUUCGGGGGCCACCGUCUUGCAUCUGGCGGCCCGCUUCGGCCACCACGAUGUCAUCAAUUGGCUCUUGCGUUUCGGAGGCAGUGACCCACUGGUGCCCACCGAGACAGGCGCAUUGCCCGUUCAUUAUGCUGCCACAAAAGGAGAUUUCCCUUCUCUGCAACUCAUCCUUGGCCACUGUCCCAGCUCGGUCAACGCCCAGACCAAGAACGGUGCCACACCUUUUUAUUUAGCCUGCCAAGAGGGCCACUUGGAGAUUAUUCAGUACUUGGUCAAAGACUGUGGGGCAGACCCUCACCUAUGCGCCAACGAUGGGAUGACGCCUCUCCAUGCUGCCGCUCAGAUGGGUCACAACACCGUCAUUGUCUGGCUGAUGAGCUUCACCGACGUCAGCCUUUCGGAGCAGGACAAGGACAGGGCGACUCCCAUGCAUUUUGCCGCCAGCGGGGGCCAUGCCAAAGUCCUGAGCUGGUUGCUCUUACACGGAGGGGAGAUUGUGGUGGACAAGUGGGGGGGGACCCCCUUGCACGAUGCUGCGGAGAACGGGGAGCUGGAGUGCUGUCAGAUCCUUGUGGUCAACGGUGUCGACCUGAGCCUCCGGGACCAGGACGGCUACACGGCGGCCGACCUCGCCGAUUACAACGGCCACCAGCAGUGCGCCCAGUACCUGCGGACGGUGGAGAACCUGAGCGUGGAGCACCGGGUGCUGUCCCGAGACCCGUCUGCCGAUGUGGAGCUCAGGCAGCCGGACUCCGGCCUGUCCUCGCCCCACACCACCGUCUCCGCCCCGCAGACCCACUUCGACUUCGGCUCCCCCAGCAGCAUCUUCUCCAAUUACGAUUCCUGCCCCUCGAGUCAUCCAACCCUUCUUUUUCUUUCCCCCACUUUUGCCCCAGGGGUUCCCGAAACAGCACUCACAGAGAUGCAAACAUACAUGGACAUGCUGAAUCCGGAGCCGGCCCCAGGGCCCGCAAAGGCAGGGGGCCAAACAUCCCCACCCCCGCCUCCCAACUUCCCAGCGCCUCCUCCCCCCUCCCACCCCAAGGGCCUCCCGCCCCCACCGGGCUAUCCGGCGCCGAACCCCCCCGAAAUGCCGCACACCGCCGAGAUCUACGUACAAGCCAAAAACAACCUCCGCCAUGUGGACAGUGAAGCUCUCAAACAAGAGAAGCCAAGGAUCCCACGGUACUCCCAUUGGUCCUCACGUCCCCGUGAUGUGCAAGCAGGGAGCAGAGAGGUGUUGCUAAUAGAGUCAAAGGCCCCAGUAAUUGGAGAGGCCAGCUCACCUGUCUCAGGUGUGCAGGAGGCAGGUGUCAGGUGUCAGGUGUCCUGCAGCUUCAGUCAGCUGGGAAGGCGGCACAGCAGGACAGGUAGCUUUCCUGUGCAGCUCACCUGCCAAGAACUGCAACAGAGUGACUCCAGCAGGAGAUCAAGAAAUUUCAGCAAACAACCCAGCACGGGAGAUUACUAUAAACGCCUGGGUGGCAUUGGAGAACAACGCGGGAGAACUAAGAUGGCCCACAGCGAGGAGGCUUCCCCUCUCUCCAGCGAGAAAGUGCAAAACGGAAGCGGUGCCGAGAAGACGCCAAGCGGAGAGGUGCCUCCCCCGCCUCCCCCCCUCCCCGAGGGCAGCUGCUCCCCCCCUCCCGCCCCUCCCCUGCCUGCCGGGAACACCCCGCCCUCAGCCAGCCAGCAAAGAUCGUCUUCUUCCAGUGGAAGCACCAAGUCUUUCAACAUGAUGUCCCCGGCGGGCGACAACUCGGAGCUGCUAGCCGAAAUCAAAGCUGGGAAGAGUUUAAAGCCAACCCCGCAGAGCAAGGGUUUCACCACUGUCUUCUCAGGCUGUGGCCCAGCGGGCAGCAGCGUUGAGUUCCCCACAUCUGGGACGCCAACGCCCCCAUCUACUCCUGAGGAAGCCUCGGGACCCAGAGCUUCUGGCUCACCCAAGCCAGAGAUCAACGGUUCCUCGCCACCCUUUGGGACCCCAACGGGCCACCCGGACCUGGAGGGCCUGAUCCCCACAUACGAUGAGCAGGGAAGGCCCAUCCCUGAGUGGAAACGCCAGGUGAUGUUCCGCAAACUUCAGAUGAAGAUCCAGGAGGAGGAAGAGCAGAGACGCAAGGAAAGAGAAGAAGAGGCACGUUGGGCUGGCAUGCCGGCAUGGAGGCGGGAUAUUUUUCGCAAAAAGAUGGAAGAAGAAAGAGUACAAAAACGCAAAGAGGAAGAAAAGCUGCGACGGGUAGAGGAGGAGAAGGAGAAGGAACAGGCUGCAAAGCUAAAGACUCUUGGGUACGAUGAGAACAAGCUCACACCGUGGCAACGGCAGAUUAUCCUCAAAAAAGGAGACAUGGUGAAGUAUUAGCCCUGUCCAUUGCUCCACGCUUUGGGGACGUCCUUCUUUUCGAUUUCAGAGCCCGGGGGCCGUGGGAGAGGCAGAGGGUCAUGGCUCCUGUCAGUUUGCUUUCUCCAGACCUUCCUCGUUCACCAUCUCCAACGCAAUUCCAGAUCCUUUCAGGAUCUCCCCCCUUGAUCCCUCGUUUUGCUAAAUUUCAUUCAUUCCUUGCUCAAAGGCCAGCCUUUGUCCUACUGAUAUCUUCCAGCUCCAACGGGUGGGAUUGGAAAGCAGCGUCUGUCCACUCUAAAGAUCAUCCCCGUCUUGCAGCAAGCUAUGAAAAGGAAAAAAACAAUCUGCAAAU